AUGACGAGAACCGACUUGAGUCUAGGCACAGCACAGGCUGAUGAAAGCGUCUUCUACUUCGACGAGACCAGCCAGCGGCCCUGGGAUCAGAUUCUGGCUGCGGACCAGAAGCUCCUGGUGCAGCGAGCGGCCAAGGCCAACAGGUGCAUGGAGGGCGUUUUCGCGGAGCGGCGGGCCAUCGCGGCCGCGGCAGAGAUCACCCCAGAGCAGCGCGUGCAAAGGCGAUGCCAGCAGGAGCUGCAGAGGACGUCUUUCUCCUGGAAUGCGGCGACGAUGGAAGACGUCAUGGCCAACCACCAGAAGCCCUGCAGGGGUCUUUUCUAUGGCAUGGUCUUCCCCUGGUCGGAGCAGACCUUGGAAAGCAUGGGUCCAGCUUGGCUCACCAAGGCUUUUCAUCGAGCUGGCACCAUGGCCGAAGGCAACGAAGUGCUGGAGCUGAAGCUGGACAAGAAGGAUCACAGGUGGCAGAAUGGCGACGUGGUGUGUCAAGGCUUCGGCUUCGUUUGGCUCUUCAAAUGA